ACGCUGAAGUUCAGUCACAACAAUAUUUUCUGGUUUUUUGUUUUACUAAACAUGGAAAUUAAAAUUUUAUUGUCGAUUUUUCUGUUCAUCAUUUUCAGUGCAGAAUCUGCCUAUUAUGAAAUAAUUUUUGAAAGAAUAGAAUCAGUCCCUGAUAAAUCUGGAAAUAAUGUUAUCGACAUGGGAUCCAUAAGAGUUAAGAAAUUUAACAGAACAACAUAUGUCAUGAACGGAAAGGGAUCCUUGAAAAAACCUCUCGGAUUGGAUUCUUUUAUAAAUAUGACUGUGUUUGCCCUUGAAAGUGGCGAGUAUCAGACUACUUUCAGUAAGAUGUUUGGUUUCUGUGAGUUUAAGUCGUUGUCCGGACAUAAAGAAAUUAUGGAAGACUUUGAGGCACAUACUACAGAGCCAAUUCCUUGGGAUGCUUGUCCUUAUCCAGCGAUGGAUAAAGAAGUAGUUAACUACGCUUUGAAGGAAGAACAUUUCGAUUUUAUCCCACCAGGUUUACCAGGGGAACAAUGGCGUAUCAAUUUCUUGUUCAACGAGAAAGGAGUUAAUUUGGGUGGCUUUAAUGUUUACUUGACUUUGAGAAAAUAUAAAUCUGCGUAUUAUGAUAUAACAUUUGACAGAAUAGAAACUGUCCCUGGUGAAGAUGGAUUAAUUGUUUUUGAUGCUGGGACAGUGAGAGUUAAAAAAUUCAACAGAACAGCAUACGUCAUUAACGGAAAUGGAAGCUUACAUAAACCUCUUGGAUACGAUGUCAAUGUAAAUAUGACGGGAUUCUACUUUGAAGCCGGUGAAUACAAGAUUUAUUCCAGCAAGACUACUAGUUUUUGUGAGUUUAAGAUCUUACCCGGACAUAAAGAAGUUCUCGAAGAUUUUGAAGCACACACAACAAAUCCAGUGCCUUGGGAUGCUUGUCCGUAUCCAGCGAUGGACAAGCAAAUAAUUAAUUAUGCUUUGAAGAAAGAACAUUUCAAUUUUAUCCCACCGGGAUUACCAGGUGAACAGUGGCGGUUCAAUUUUCGUUUUUCACAGAAUGGAACUGAUUUUGGUGGAUUCAAUAUUUACCUAAUUUUAACAAAAUAUAAAGUUUUCGCUUAAAAGGAUGAUUAGCGAUUCUUGACUACAAAAUAAAGCCAAUCCAGAUAAAUAAGUUUGGAAAAUAUUUUUUUAUUAAUUAUUUUUUAAUAGAUUAAAAUUUUCACCUUUUUAUAUGUACAUACAUAGUUUGUUAUAACUGAAACAAACUGACAAAUCAUUAAUUUGGGCUUAUCUAAAUGUUAAAGCUUUAUUAUAACAUAUAAAUAAGUAAUAUAUAAAGCAACGAAUCUAAUUGAUUCGCAUGUCAAGUUCUGCCAAAUGAUAGUUUAAUGCAUGCAGAUCUAUGAUUAAUAUGUGAAACAUUUUUUCAUUUUUAAUUACAA